AGCAGGAAGCGAUGAGAAAGAAAACAAGUGUGUGGCACAGACGCAUGCAGAGGCUCAAGUCACACGUCAUUCAGGGCGCCGAGAUGAGGAAGCGAAGGGAGAGCCCGUGCGCUUCCGAGACCGUCGCGUUGCUCAGUCCCCUGGGGACGAUCCGAGUCGACGCGUGUGAGAAUGGCGUACACACCAUCCAGAUCCUAAUGGAUGUCGCACCUGCUGAAAGGAGCGGCGAGACCCCCCCGAGCUGCCGCGUGGUCAACGGCGGCCCGAAGGAAACGAGCCCUGAGUUGCAGCGCUGCGUCGAAUGGCUCCAGGCGUACUUCGGCGAUCCGCGCAGCACUGGGAGUCUCCAGCCGCCCGCCUUUCACCACCCCGCCCUGAGAGCAGACACUUUCACCAGUCGCGUGCUGCACAUCCUGUUCAGAGACAUUAAAAUCGGGGAGACAGUCUCCUACAAACGCCUGGCUGAGAUGGCGGGAAACCCCGGUGCGGCGCGGGCGGUGGGCGGAGCCAUGAGGAAGAACCCGAUUCCGCUCAUCAUCCCCUGCCACCGAGUCAUUUCGAGCAGUGGCCAGAGCGGCCCGUACAUGAGCGGCAGGGGCGACCACCUCAAACAAUGGCUGCUCGCCCACGAGAGACACCGCGAGGAGGGCUGACGCACGACGGACGCCAACUGUAUCAAGUAUUGCAGAAAAAAUACACACACAAAUAAAACGGAGGCGCAAAGUCGAGUGUGUACGUAAAUAUUCAAUUUAAAUUCAUUUUUAAAAAUCUAAGAAUAGAGAUGCUUGCAUAGUUAAUGUACUAGCGAGUUGUUUCAGAAUUAGAAUGUACAAAAAUAACUUAAACAGAGAACAGUAGGAAUUACAAACAUAUGCUCCCGUGGGCCUCCACUGCGUUUGCCAGAUAGUGCUUGGAAUGGUUUUUCUAAAGAGUUAUUAUUCCCUUAAAAAUAUGUCUCUCGCAUUGUUGUUGUUGUUGUUAUUGUUUUUUUUCCUGAGAGCAGAAUUAGUCUUUGUACCUCUCGUUGGUUUUUUAAUUUCCUGCCAAGCGAGUGCUUUGUUCGACAUCCAGUGAUAAAGGCUCAGAAUUUUGCCGCUACAAAGCUUUGUAGUGGAGUAUUUGUUUUGUCUCCAUUUAGAUCUCAUUGUUUGCUCUCGUCUUACAAUCCACCUCCAUUGCUGAUGUCUUAUGCAUUAUAUACGACGCUUUAGACGCCUUUUAAAAUCAACGCGUCUCCACGUGUCAAAUUACUGCCUUUCAUCAUUUUUAAUUGCGUUUAUUUACAAUAAAAAGUUGACUGCCUUGGGCUCAUUACCGAUUAGGCUGAGUGUCUCUCUCGCGUCUGUUGCAGAGCCUCUUCUCUUUUCUGCUCUUUCCGAGUGGAGUGUUUUCCAUUAGAGGGCAGUACAGAACGGGAAAACUGACAUCCAACAUUUCAACCUGGAAUUCAUCCUUGCACAUUUGAUCCGCAACUUACAUGUUUAUGUGUUAUUUUAUUUUCCGGCACAACCGCGUUUAAUCCCUUUUGAGAGGAAUUAUUUUAUCUUGGAAGGACCAUAUGGAGGGGGCAGCAGGGAGUGUGUGUUUGUAUUUGUAAAGUGUGUGUGUGUGUGUGUUUGUGUGUGCGCGCGAAUGGUUUGAAAGAACAUUUCCAGUGCUCCCCCUUAAGGAUCUUUUGUUGCGUUGGCGCAUUCAUUCUUUUUCUUCCCCUAUUAAAUUCUUGAUUCUCCUCACUGUCUAAUGCAAUUCCAGAGUGACCCUGACAUGCCCAUAGUUAUUCCUCCUCUGUGCAGCGCAGGUAGCUUAAUAAUCCACCCUCUCAAAAUAACCUCGACUCUAACCUUUACUGAUCCAAUUCCAGUGGCCCUCCCCUUGAAUACAUUUCUUCAACUUUUUUUUUUUUUUUUUUUUGCUGCAUUUAUAAAUUUCUCAUCCGAACAGGCUCUUGCGCGCCACCGGACUCACUCGCUCGCGCCGACGCUGGAGCGCCGUCGGUAAGCGUGGAUGUCGAGGCGGCAGACAGGCAGAUGAAGAAUGAGACCCAGUCUGUGGUUUCACAGAGGGCUAAUGAUGCCUGUGGUGACUACAGGCUACAGUCAGCCCCCUAACGAAGGGAGUUGUGACACAGCCACAAGGGGUCCCAUUUAAGCCAGGCAUACUCUGAAGUGCACUGUAAGCACCCUCCUUUUCUUUUUCUUUUUUUUUCCUUUCUUUUUUUUUUUUUUGGCUUGUGGCUAACUAAAUUCGGUGGAAUGCUACAAAUUUAGCAAGCAGAGUUGCUGCUGUCUGGAGCUGCUGAAAACAAGUCCAGCAUCAAAGCGUCAGCCACGCUGCCAGUAAUUGGCCGUGUAAUUGCUCAGGUACCCUAGGCAAUGCUUCAUAUUAAAUAUUUCACACCUUCUUUUUUCUCUUAUUUUGGUUUUUUUUCCCCCCACAUAGCCUAUGAUAUAUUGGUACUAGCAGCAGUAUUAGUGUUUUAUAAUUUUGGAUAUCCAACUUUCAGCAUUUCAUUAAAAGAGCGUCUAAGUCCAUCUCAUCAUGCAAAACCUUCAUUUUUAUCCCAAAUAUCAGCCCCGUUUCAGUGGUUGCACGUGAGCGUGUGGCCACGCGUGCUCAUGUGCGCACAUGUGCACGUCCAUAUGUGUGUGGGUGAAGUGGAUGAUAUUGAGUCUGACUUCAUAAAUCACCCAGACACUGAUAAACUCCCCAUGCACCCACACACCGCUAAUGGGCAACCCUUAAGGAGUGUGAGUGUCUCGUGCGGCGUUUGAUUCAACAUUUAUUAACCCCCUCACAUGCACUCGCACAUACACGACACACACACAUUUGAGCCGUACAAAGAAUGUUUUGGUGGCAUUGCAAGCACGGGCUCAUAGUUUUGACCCAGCCAGGUUGCAUUAAUCACCGGCAAGUGUCGUGAGAUAUUUGAGCUUAAAGCGCCGCAACAACAGCAACCUCUACAUUUCCUAACAUUGGUUUCCUUCUCAUAACUUACAUCCUGUCUCCAACUCCCCACUUCCCAUCUCAUAUCCUGGCACCCCUCCUCAUUAUAGAACAAUUUUCUCCCCCACAUCAAAUACAAACACGCUCCAUGCUUCCAUCUCUUGCUUCUCAUACAUGUUGGCUCAUAACUCCGCAACCUUCUCCCCCUCGGUGAAAACACGCAAGCCCGAAUGAGAGUCCUGCAGCCACAUCAGUCAUUCAUUCAUAGGAGCCUUUAUUAUUCCUGAAAAGUUUGCGAUCUUAAAAAAAAUAGAAUUAAAAACUUUUGGGGAGCAAGUUAGGCAAGCUGUGAGCGGCACACUGCUGCCGGGAAGCUGGAGGAGUGUUUGCUAUGCAGAUAGUCCAGCAGUCAGCCAGUCAGACACAGGAAUAGAUAGCUCGCAUAGACAGACUGAGCCUUGGCUGCGCUAUCAGGUUUCCUCCUCCUCUUGUCUGUCUGCCGGGACCGCCUGGCCUCGGAGGCCCUGACACCGAGGCACCGUGCAGCCAGCCGCGACAGCUGCCACGGCAGCCUUUAAUACCGACGCACGCCGCCACGCUACGUCGCCACUACAAAGAGCAAUAUCAUCGCAAACAUGGCAUCCUUUGAUGCCCUUGUAAUGAUCUUUGUGUUUUGAGAGGGAAAGCGGGACAAUUGCAGACUUCUUUUUGUGAUUCUGUUAGAACAAAGAGCUGCCGCUCGGCUUAGGGUAGUCAUGAUGAGAUGGCGCAGGAUUAAAUGAGAAAGUAAAGGAAACCCUGAGAGCUAUCUGUGUGUGUACGUGCCAGUAACCUUGUAUCAGUAUGUCAUUGUAACCUGGUGAACCUGGGAGCAGAACCGCAUUUCUCUAAUUAGGAACGGCUGAUGAAGGGGCCGCAUUACGCAGGAGUCUCUCCCGGCAUGUAUCAAUCUGUGAGCUUGGUAAAGAGUGCGUGUCAGCCUGGAGAAAGUGCAGGUCUAGCCUUGGUCCUGUUGACGGAGGGGGCGGCACUUCAGAGGCUCCAGGACCCCGUGGCACCAGUCUCUCCAGUCCCCCAGACAGACUGGGAGCAUCUGGGCUCUGUCAGCGCCUCUGGCCCCCGCAGACUGCGAUCUAUAUGACGGGGAUCCGGGAGAAGGAAAAAUAUGAGCCAGAUUCCUCGGCUUUGUGCAAAAUUCAUGCCAGUUAGCAUCAUAGGUAGCGCGUCUGUGUGCACGUCUGUGUGCUGCGCUGGUAACAGGUCAGAGUGAUUAAUUUUGAAUGAUGGGAGAUGGAGGCUAUUGAUUAGAGGCUAACGCCGGAAUAAGUCCUCUCUAUAAAUUGUCCAAUUAUGUAUUAAUUAAAAGUGUAGUGCUGGAAAUAUUCAAAAUAAAAUAAAUAACACAUCACGGCAUAUGCAGAUUACUUUGACAGAAAUCAUUCCAGAGAUGUUUUGAAAGCGCUCUGUGAUGUGACGGCGUAGAUAGAAGCUGAUACGUGCACAUGCCAAGACUAAUUAAUCCAUACCCUAAAUUAAGAAUAUAAAUUGUGGUCCCGAUUUAACAAGGUCAGUUUUAACUUCUCACUUUACUCUUUAUUUAACUGUUCGAGAAGGAGGAGGAAGACGAAGGGGGGGACGCCCUAUCAAUGUGUUUCGCUUAUUAUGAUUGACGAUUGAUGAUUAAGUCCUCCAGCUGACACACACCAGCAAAGCCGGUGAGUUGGAAUUGGAUGUGACACAUACACAGUUCUGCGUGUUAGGUAAUUCGUUGACGAGGGGCCAAAUUCAUUUAUGGAACAGCGGUAUUGGCAGGCGUGGACACUCUCUGCAAAAACAACGAUAAUCACAGAGGUUUGGCGCGGUGUGACAAGGACUCUUCAGGGAAAGGCCCUUACACGCCGCUUUGUUGGCCGCUCCUUGCCUGAGACGUGGGGGGAAACAUCCGCCUCUGUUCCGAAAAUGACUCGGAGCGAAAACACGCUCGGUGUAAGGUGUGCGUGAUGUUUUCAAGAUGGAAUGUGGAAUGCAACGGCAUGGACAGAAAGUACUUUACAUAUUUCUGUACGAUUUCGCUUUUAAGAAAGUCAGUCGGCAAAAUAAAACACGAGGGGGGAGCCAUUUAAUCUCCUUUCGCAUUCCCCAUUUUUCCUGCUAAUGAGCCUUAUUGACAAUCAAACAGAAGCUGUCAUCCCCCAGGAUGCAACACUCCCAUCCCCAGCCUGUUUGUCAUAGUGUCCUGGCAAUCAGAGCCGCCUGCAAGACCAGGCUGGCAGUUAGCGCUUCUCACAGCGGCGCUGCCUGAAAAUGGCACACUUCCUGUAGAGUUGCAGCUGCCACCUCUGCUACUUCCAUUACUUUCUAUAGCAUGCAGAUGUUGUAUCAACAUUCCCUGCCAAGGGGACUGCAAUAACUGCGAGAUUCAUGCCAUGUUUCAGAGGCACGUCAAUUUCUCAAGUGGCACAAUUAAAGAGGGAAAUGCAGCACCAGGUUUCUCCCAGGCGCUGAAAUCGGAAAAGAGCUUUUUCGCUGCUUUCUCUCUUUUUUUUUUUUUUUUUUUACGUACAGGUUAAAAAUCCACCCGUUUUUUUUUUACUGCCCUUUUCCUGAGUGGAGCCGUUCUGUGAGUCUUUGUGCGGCGGACCUGUCGUGACCCACAGAGGAUAUGGAAAUGGGGCGAAGGUUUUAUGGGCCAAACGGAUUGGACACAGUCAAGCUCAGGGGGCAUGAAUAUUGGAUGUUAUUUCUGCUCCCUUUUUAUGUAAUCCAUUGCCAAUACAUUAUUAAUAGAUGAUAUCAUAUCCAGAAGUACUGGACAAAGCACUACAGAGGGGCACUAUGAAAAGAACUCUAUAUGGUUAGACCGUGGCAGUUAUUUUAUGGCCGAGCACCAACGCUCCCUGACCGGGCAACAUUUAGGGAGUCGUUUAGGGGACCGGGUGAAGUUCGUAAAGGGAAAAUAGGUUGAACGCCGCGCUCCCGCCGAGUCUAAAUCUUCCAUUUGUGAAUGUGAAAGUCACUGAAACAUUAAUGAAGUAUCAAAUGACACCCAAAUUCAAGUUUAAUGGCUCUUCCAACGCGCCGGGAUACUUUGCUCAUCCUUUCUUGACUGCGCCGAGUGAAGUGGAAAUCUUUGUACGGAUCUAGUUUUCGCUGCAAAGCUGAGUCCCGGUGUGUUGUUGUAGCAGGGGAGCGCUGUAUUAUCAGAUGUUCCCAUUCACACACAGACAGCGAGACUAUUUAAAAAAAGAAAAAAGGGUCAAAGCCCUUGUUUUGAUGAAGAAUUGUUCAAAAAAAGGUCAGCCCGCUUGAUGUCAUCUCAAAGUUGCCAUCCCCGGUUGUGCUGUCAAAGUAGUUGCAUCCCACUACAGUAUCUAAACUCCCACUUUUCCCUCCAUCUCCUCGCUCAGCAGUUAACAGCCAAUCCUUAAAAAGACCUCCUAAGCACUGCCCGCCCAGCAGCCAAGAUAAACUAUUGUCAUGCUAUUUUAGUUUGAUGGGCCCUUGUCUGGACACGCACGGGCACAAAGGUAUGACCACAGCAACAUCCAUUUAAAGUCAACCUAUAACCUCCUCAAUAACAGCUACACAGGGAGCGGAUGCGUAAGCUAAUAUUCCCAUUUUAAGGUCAGGUGGAAUUGUUUUUUCUCCUGGGAAAGCGCAGAUUGAUAAAGAGCAAACAAAAAGCUCUUUUCUGAAUGCUUGUCCUCCAUGGCCUGGCUGAAGGUUUCAUUCCUUUAUAUUACGCAGCCCAAUUCCCAGCCUGCAUGACCAUUGUGGCUCUUUCAGCCAGCACUCUCCAUUGACUGCCUCAUUGUCCGGCCGCCCUUUUAUGCGUGCGCUAUCACCGGAGCGCAAUCUUUCACCUGAGCGGCCCCGCCGACGGUCACCUAAAGCGGCCGAGUCACCCGUGGAGACGCCGCGAUUAAGCCGGCCCGCUAAUGAAGAAAUAUUUAUUGUCCAGGAUCGGCUCCAGUAAAUCUACAGCGGUGCCGGCUAAUAUCGUGGCUGUUAGUCAUACCCCGGCAGCAGAGGUGUUC